UGUUGAAAUCGAAUCUUUCCCAGCUCUAUUACAAAUUGGAAGCCGAAUUUUUUACGUAAAUAAAUUAGCAAGUCAUAUUGUUUAGAACUUUAUGCUGAGCUGCCAGGCGAUAUAACAGGAUGGCUUUCAACUUCACCGCCUUCACGUACAUAGUGGCCCUGAUCGGGGAUGCGUUCUUGAUAUUCUUCGCCAUAUUUCAUGUGAUUGCCUUUGACGAGCUGAAGACAGAUUAUAAAAACCCUAUAGAUCAGUGUAACAGCCUCAAUCCGCUGGUUUUACCGGAGUACUUGCUGCACAUCUUCUUAAAUUUGCUGUUCUUAUUCUGCGGCGAAUGGUUCUCGCUGUGCAUCAACAUACCCCUCAUAGCCUAUCAUAUUUGGCGCUACAAAAACCGCCCGGUGAUGUCUGGCCCUGGACUGUAUGAUCCCACCACGGUCCUGAAGACGGACACAUUGUCACGGAAUAUGCGCGAGGGCUGGAUCAAGCUGGCCGUCUACUUGAUCAGCUUCUUCUACUAUAUAUACGGCAUGGUUUAUUCGCUCAUCUCGACAUAGAGGCAUUGUGGCAGCUGCCUGGGGAUCUCAUUGUUGGCGCCAGCGCAUCCGCAUCGUGUAUUAGUUGUCAUACUCGGGUCAGAGAGACGAUUGCCCAUAAUAACCCACGAACAAUACUUCACUUGUAAAUUUGAGUCAAAAACCCAUAGAAAGACAUCUAGAGCAGUGUUGUUUUCUUUUAUAAUUUUUAGUCUAUUUUGUGUGAAGUUGGAGAUUGUAACGUAUUUUAAUUAUUAUUAUUUUUAUUUGCAUUUCGCUUCCUUGGUGUGGAGUUGGAACUUAAGCACAUUGAAUAAAAAGUCGAAUUAAAAA